CCCGCUUUAAAUCUUGAUUGGCUUUAUUAACAAUUGUAUACAAGAUAUACAGAUAUACAAGAGUAAUAUAUAUAUAUGUAUAUAUAUAUGUAUAUAUGUGUAUAUAUAUAUGUACAUUUAGAAUAUAUUAUAUUGUUGAACAUAAACAAAAAAUUUCGUAACUCUCUUUUUUUAUUUGCCAUAUUUCCUAAUUUGUACAUUAUUUUUGGAAAACCUCGCGCCACCUUUUUUUUAAAAAAAAAAUUUAUUGUUGUAGAAUGUGUUGUAAGAAUGUGUUGUAAAAAAUGUGUAAUGUUUUUUCUUUCUUUCUAAUUUUUUUUUUUCUUUUCUUUCUUUCUUUUUUCUUUCUUUUUUUGGCGUGAAAAAAAUAAUAAUAAUAAAAAAUAAUAAAUAAUAAAAAAUAAUAAAAAAUAAUAAAAAUAA